AUGUUCUACGGACGGACUGUAAAGAAAGCGGUGAUAUUGUGGACAUAUGAUCCAGCCGAAAGAGACGCGAGGCUCGCGAAUGAGGCGCUAAAGUCGAAAAGGAAAAGCAUCACACAGUUACAAGUGAUAGUCGAGAUAGCAUGUGCCACUUCACCUCAUCAUUUGGUGUCUGUAAGGCAAGCAUAUUGCUUUCUGUUCGGCUCCUCGCUUGAAGAAGACAUCAUAUCCAACAUCUCUCUUCCUGUUCAAAAGAUAUUGGUUAGCUUGGUGAGAUCCUACAGGUAUGAUAAAGAGCUGGUGGAUUCUAAUGUAGCCAAUAUCGAGGCAGCUAAACUACACGAAGCGGUUGAAGCCAAGAAACUCGAUGAUGAUGAGCUCGUGCGUGUACUAAGUACAAGGAAUAUUUAUCAGCUCAGAGAGACUUUCAAGUUUUAUAAGGAUAAUUAUGGGAAAUCCAUAGAUCAGGACAUUGUGGCUUGUGGGAAGGGCAUUUUUGAGACUAUUAUGAAAGUGGUGAUUUGGUGCUUAGAUAUCCCAGAGAAACACUUUGCAGAGGUUAUAAGAUCUUCAAUUGUGGGUCUGGGGACAGAUGAAGAUUCAUUGACACGAGCAGUGGUGACUCGGGCUGAAAUCGACAUGAUGAAAAUCAGAGGAGAGUAUUUCAAUACCUACAAGUCGAGCAUGGACAAUGCGGUUAUCGGGGACACUUCAGGGGACUACAAGGACUUCCUCAUGACUUUGCUUGGAUCAAACAUAUGA